AUUCGGCAUAGUUUUCACCAGUUGUAGCGUCAUACAGCGUCAAAAAAUUUUGUGGAUCUAUUGUGUGUGAAGAUAGGGAAACAUUUGGAAAAUAAUUUUAGUCUGUUAUUUGUUUAAAUAAUCGUUUUUAUAUUAUAAUAAAAUAUACAUAUUUUAUGUAUAGACGAUGUAUCUGUUCGCGUUCAAACGUAUAACAUAAAAUUUGUUAUUUCUCGAUUGAAGAAAACUCGUAUACAUAGAAUUUCGGAGUGUUGGUGGUUGAAAGAAAAAUCUGUGUUUGCAUUGUAACGAAGAAGAGAACCGAACAACAUGGUUAAGUGUAUUCUGUGUCUGGAAUACCCUACGAUACCGGGGCCAAAGUUCUUGGAUAUAUUUUCUGAGGAUGGAUUGCGACUGGGCAUAAGUGCGAUUAUUAACAAACACUUUUGGAUAAAGACAUAUCGUAAUGGCGACGAGAAGCAGCAAGUUUGCAUGACAUGCUGGGAAGUUGUGCGAGACUUUCAUAUACUGUACGAAAGAGUCGAAGAAGCCCACAAACACUUGGGAGCUGUACACACAAUAGAUAUACUAGAUGAUCCGCUACCUCAGCAAGAUGUGGUUAUGCUCAAAUCUGAAGAUACCCCCGUGCCUAUGAUGCUACAAGAUCCCAUAAUGGGACACUCUUCCAUGGGCAAUAACUUGUUUGAUCCUGAAGUCAAGGUGGAAGUAAAUGACUUGGAUCUGCUGCCACAAAUCGAAAUCUUGGAAACUGAACAUGAUAUGUCAUCGAUGGGGGGAGUUGCAGGAGAUGUAGAUGAUAACAAUGAAGAUGUAAAAAGUAGACGCACCCGCAUUGCAUCAGCGAGGGGUGAAAGUCCUAAACCAACGACAGCAGCGAAACGCAUUAAAAAAGAGUCCUCACCUGCACUAGAUAAGGAAAUGGACGAUGAUGAUGGCGAUGUCUUUGGUGAUAGUGCUCAUGUGUAUCACGAUUCCAGUGAUGAGGAUUCUGAUAAACCAUUGCUGCCACCCCCUUCUUUGGAUGUUCCACAAGAGGAGGAUAAUAAAGAAAAAGAAGUAGCACGGCCCAGGAGAGGUAGGCCUCGCAAAUCGGAAGCUGAAAAAGCUGCAGCAAAAGCCGCAUCACAGGCAACCAAAAAGACUCCCAUCGCACGUAAACGUAAUUCCAAAAAAUCACUGGCGGCCACAGUUAAAAACGAGGGCGGUGAAAGCGAAGAGCCAUCAUGUUCAACAUCGGCGACGACCACACACAUCAAAACCGAGGGAGAAGUAUCGGAGGACCAGCAAAGUAGAGACAAACCAAGUACCGCUGAUCCGAGUAAUGAGCCUUUCGAUAUACCCGACUUCACAAAUGACAACGAAGACGACGACGAUGAUCCUGAGUAUGGAGACAAUGACAAUGAUUUUGUAGCCAAAGACUCGGAUGAAUCCUCCAAUUCUGAAUCCGAAGAUGAAAAUGAAAAUGAUUCGGAUGCCUCUGACUGGGUGGCCGAUAAGGUUAAAUCAGAGAAAUUUGCUGUUAUUUUGAAAAAGGAACGCAAUACGCCUAAAAUGUAUAAGAAACGGGAAAAAACCGCAUCCGAGCCUAAACGUAUGUCCAAGGAGGAUAUUGCUGCCCGCCAAGCUCAACAAGCCGAAUACGAUAACAUCAUUACCAAGUUCUUUGAGAAGUUACGUUGUCCCAAAUGUGAAUUGAUGGUGCACACGUUCAGUGAGAUGCGUGCCCAUUUUCGACUUGAUCACAACGAUGAUCACGGUUUUGUCGAGUGCUGUGGCCGCCGAUUUGCUACACGUAAAUUUUUGGCUGAGCACAUUAUGGUCCACUACAAUCCCGAGCACUUUAAAUGUAAAACAUGUAAUAAAAUAUGUCGUGAUUCAACACAAUUGGAAGCUCACGAGCAAACACAUCUGCCCAAUCCACCCGAAUCAAAAUACAAAAAGACCUUCCAAUGUGAGAAAUGUUCGAAGACAUUCUCAUCGAAAGCCUCGUUUGAACAUCAUAUGGUGGCGAAGCAUGUGCCACGCGAAGAAUUUAAGUUCGAGUGUCCUGAAUGUAAGAAAAAAUGUACAACAGAUCGUAAACUAAAAGAUCACAUGAAAUGUGUGCAUGAUCCAAAACGAGCGGUAGACUGUAAUAUAUGUGGUAAAACUCUAAAAAAUCGAUAUAAUCUUAAAAAACAUCACAAUCUACAGCAUUCUGAUAAACCAAGACCUAUACCGAUACCACAGCAAUGUAAAAUUUGUGGCGCAUGGCUGAAGCAUGUGGCGGGUUUAAAACAACACAUGAAAAAUUUACACGAAUCAGUUGAUGAUGCCGCCGAGCAUCGUUGUCAUAUUUGUAAUAAGGUCUCAUCGACGGCAAGGGCAUUGAAACUGCACAUUUACCAUAAUCAUGAGUGUGACAAGAAAUUCCAGUGUACCAUGUGUGAGAAGGCAUUUAAAAGGGCUCAGGAUUUAAGGGAACACAUAUCUGUACACACCGGAGAGGCAUUAUAUACCUGCCCCAAUUGUCCCAUGACAUUUUGCUCCAAUGCCAAUAUGUAUAAACAUCGCCAACGUUCACAUCGUACCGAAUGGGAGGCAGAUCGUAGUAAACCCAUACCUCCCAAUAUAAUGAGACAAGCCAAACAGGGCGGUAAAAUUAUUAAGAACGAAAAAGGUAGCGAUAAUUUUGAUUCUGAAGAAGAUGAAGAGUUGUUGGUGCCAUUGUGCAUAAAGUAUUACCCGCCGCAGACAUAAAUCCAGCCAGCAGCCGACAUUUCAAAGCUCCUCUUUUAAUAUAACAUAAUCAAUGGUUAUGUCUUAAUUUAAUGAGUCAAACAAAAUGUUUUUUUUCCAUAAUUUGAAUUUCAGCAAAAAUACGAUAUAUGGCAUAUAUUGUUGUAAAUAACUAUUACAGUUUUAGAAUUUAUUUGAGUAUGGUAUUAAGUUUUUUUCCAAAUCAUGGACUGUCUGCUUCAAUUCUAAUAACAAUAAAUUAAUUUAUUUUCCCCCCCAUUCAAAGAUUCUGCCGUAAUGUGCAAAGUUUUUGUCUCGCCCACUCGCUUUCUCUCUCUCUGUCU